CCAUGUUGAUGUUUUGACGCCAUAUUUUUUGCCAUUAAUUACGAUCGCUCAAUGGUGCGAUUUUUUGUGGUAACAAAUAUUCAAAAAUGGCAUUGAAAUUAAGCCGCGACGAUACUAUUAAUUUAAUACGUAUUUAUGGAGAAUACGAAUGCCUUUGGAAUUGUCGUAAGAAAACCUAUAAGGAUUUAUUUUUAAAAAAGGUAGCUUGGGAAGAUAUUGCCAAUCAUUUCGGAACAGAUGUGUAUGAGAUAAAAAAGAAGCUAAAAUAUCUGCGCACAGUCUAUGUUGCUGAGCGACGAAAAUUGGAGGAAUCUAAAAAAAAUUCUGUCAAUCCAUUGGAAGUUUAUCAGCCAACGUUAUUUUACUAUAACGAAUUUAGCUAUUUAGAUAAUACAAUUGUGUUAAGGAAAAGACAACUCUCUGAUGAGGAAGAAACGUUGCCAAAACAAGAACCAUAUGAUGAAUUAAGUAAUGACACUAAUGAACAAUUAUAUGAGAAUGAAUCAACUUGGGAAAUGUGUACGCCUGACCAUUAUAUGGAGGAGGAAUUUCAGCAGCCCAAUAUUAAAAGAAUAAAGUCAACACCUCACGUAAAUACUAAUACCCCAAUUGCUACGAAUUGUUCUGUACAUAGUUCAAAAUAUAGUGAAAAAGAUCAAAGCUCGAAUGCCUCUUUAAGCACCGAUGAUAUGUAUUUAGCUUUUGGUAAAAGCGUUGGAUUACAAUUAAGAAAUUUAAAGACUAUCAAUGCAGUUAAAGCUAUGGCUCAAAUACAGGAAACACUAACAUCAUUCGCGGUUUCGGAAGAGUAAUGAUUGCAAUAAGUGAAGCAUGGUGAACUUCUAAAACUUGUCAAAAGCAUUAUCUAUGAAUACAAAGCAUCAUUAUUACCGAUUCGCUGGCUAUAAGUUGUGAUCGUUGUUGGUUUCGGUCAAUUCAGCAGCAUUUCCCCAACAAUUUUUGGGGAGUUGUUGUUGUAGCAGCAUAAACAUUCCCCAUAUUUACAUACAGAGAAUGUUGCUGGAGUGACAGUCCUUGCCCGGAUAUAAAGCCGGGUCGUUUCGGUAACGUAGAACCGACUGUCGUGGGGAGUGGUUUAAGCUGGUUUAUGCCCAUAAUGAUGUUUUGGAAGUGAGCCAAGUAUUUAAAUUACAGUAAUAGCAGGUGUGCUAAUUAAGUUAGGGUUAUAUUGUAUACAUCCUCUAGAAAUAAUAAUAAAUUACAGUAUUUCAAAGUCAAAAUUAGAAAAUCUUAGUUUAAAUGUUGCUAAAUAAAAGUUUGAUUUAGCAUACUAUAAUUUAAAAAAUAUAAAAUUAAUUAAUGUACAUACUUUGACGGCAGGGUGUUAAAGUAAAAUGAAGUGCUUAGUGUUUUAAGACAGUUUUGCUACAAAAAUAACAAAGUGUCUUAUUCAUUGACAGCUGUAAAAACACACAAUUUGUCAUUUUAAAAUUAUAACAGCUGGUCCAUAGAGAUUACAUUAUUAAAAUAAAACGAAAUUGCCAAGUUA